GGGGGAACUGGCCGGGCGGAAGAAGUCGAGCCCGAGGCAUUUCCGGUUCCGGUGUCAGUUCGAGGCGCCGCCGCCGCAGCCGCCGGAGCCGAGAUGCCUAAAGGAGGGAGAAAGGGAGGCCACAAAGGCCGGGCGAGGCAGUACACGAGCCCCGAGGAGAUCGACGCACAGCUCCAGGCUGAAAAGCAGAAGGCCCGGGAAGAAGAGGAGCAAGGAGAAGAAGGUGGAGAUGGGGCUGCAGGUGACCCCAAAAAGGAGAAGAAAUCCUUAGAUUCAGAUGAGAGUGAGGAUGAAGAAGAUGAUUACCAGCAAAAGCGCAAGGGCGUGGAAGGGCUCAUCGACAUUGAGAACCCCAACCGGGUGGCACAGACAACCAAAAAGGUCACACAGCUGGACCUGGACGGGCCCAAGGAACUUUCCCGGAGAGAAAGAGAAGAAAUCGAGAAGCAGAAAGCAAAAGAGCGUUACAUGAAAAUGCAUUUAGCGGGGAAGACAGAGCAAGCCAAGGCCGACCUCGCGCGGCUGGCGAUCAUCCGGAAACAGCGGGAGGAGGCUGCCAGGAAGAAGGAAGAAGAGAGGAAAGCAAAAGAUGAUGCAACCUUGUCAGGAAAACGAAUGCAGUCGCUCUCCCUGAAUAAGUAGCCGCCUGUGGGAGGAGAUACCAGGGAACCGGGCUGCGCUGCCAGGACCUCUGCCGUGUCUCGCCCACCCUGUGCCCCGGCGCCACUGCAGCAGCCCCUCAUGGCGAGGAGCCCCCCCACUGCCUGGGACCUCCUCUUCAUCUUGGCACAGAAAUCGUUUGGGGGGAUGGUGGGUGGGGGGGCUGGGGGGGGCAGCUGCUAUCUUUGAGACAGAAAGAUGCAGGACAGCAUUUCAUAUGUACCCAUUCGAAUGUUUUGGCUGUUUUUAGAUUUCCGAACCCUUGUGGGGGUGGGGGUGCCUGGGUUGUGGGGUAAGAGCUUCCAUCUGUCCGGUAGAUAGUGAGGCGGGGCAGUGGGGCACAGUCGUUGCUGACAAGUGUGCAAGAGCCAGCCCCCUGUCUGUUCCUGGGUGCUGACUCAGAGGGGCUGUCGUCUGGGAGCCUGUGCCCCUGGGUCCCCGAGGGUCAUGGCUCCUCCCCCACCAGUCCCUUCUGGCUGAGGCCUCCCCCUCUGCCCUCACCCCCUUCCCCCACCCUGGCCAGGCCCCGGGCCCCCUCUUAACCCUGCCCGCGGAUCAUUUCAGGAAACCUGUUUACUGUGUAGCACCCAGGCAAAACAUGCUCCACAAACCCAACUUGUAUAUUUGGCAAAUUAAACUUGACAUUAUCGUAAUCCUGCUUCUGGGAUCCGUCUCUGGGCCCCCUUCCCUGGCUUCACCCUGCAGGACAUGGUGUCACUCGCAGGCAGGCCCACCCCACAGGGUUCAGUCCCGGGCCUGGACCCCUGGCUUCUGAGCUGGGAGACACCUCAGGGGCCAGGGACCUGUACGCCACACGAAGUGUCUUGUCCUCCAGCUGCCCCCUGGUGGUGACAGCCUUGGUUUGGGUGCAUGACUACUAGGUGUCCCCUCGUUCAUGGCAGGAUGGAAGUUGGGCACCAUCAUGUGGGUGCCUGCAGACUCGGCCACAGCGCUUGUCCUGCUUAUGCACCCUUCCGAGAGGGCCACCACCUCCUAAACAGAGGUGUCAUUUCCACGCAGUCCUGAGAGGUGACUGGGUGCCAAGCAGGGACUUGGUAAAAAUAAGGGGAACCGUGUGGCCUGAACUGUCUCCUGGGCACUGAGGGUUUUUAUCUCCUGAUUUAAAAUCAGUGGGUUUCCUCCAAGGAAAGUAUCCUGAGAGAAGGCCCUAGCACAGUGGGGGAGGAGGCAGCUUUAGGUACCGUUUGUCCUGCAGAUGUGACAAUUAAAGAGAGUGAUAAAAUUCAUUCCCUAGUGAGACUAAGAGAAAAACGUCAUUACCUCAAUAGGUAACUGAAAAGCAUGUGGCUAAACAAAAACACCUUCUGAGUAUAACAGGGAUGGGGGAAAAAAUCAUCCUGAGAAAUGAGCAAUUGGGAGUUCCCACUGUGGUGCAACGGAAUCCGUGGUGUCUUGGGAGCACUGAGACACAGGACCGAUCCCCAGUGGUUAAGGGUCCAGCACUGCCACGGCUGCGGCUUAGGUCGCAACGGCUGUUCAGAUCCGAUCCCUGUCCUGGGAACUCCAUAUGCCGUGGGUGGCCGAAAAAGAAGAAAAAAGAGCCAUUAUUAGAAAUCAGCUGCAAACAUCGAGGGAGAAGUUUCCAUUAAAGCCCAGAACCGGCCUAGAAUGUGCAACCGCCUGUCUAGGAGUCCAGCAGCAGAAUGAGUGGCGGGAAAAGACAACCGGUCCUGGCAGCUCCCAGGCUGGACUCCACGCAGGGAGGAACCACACUGGGGAGGUUUAACCAUCUUGGGUGUAACGAGCAGCUUUGCUGGCAAGCAAAAGUAAGCUACCAAAGUUCUGCCCAAACUAACCCUCCUUCUAGACACAGGAACGUUGUCUCUACAGCUGCAUUUUUAUUACCACCUUGUUUGAAGCAGUUCGUGACCAGCAGAGUGCUUGGGGGACUUUUUUUUUUUUUUUUACAAUA